GGAAGUUAGCCGGCCGCCGACUCCUCCGCGGCUCGCGGACCGGUGCCCUUCGGGCUUCCCCCAGACGCCGGUCUCUCGUCCCCGGACCUGGAAGUCCGAGCACUCAGAGCGGUGGGGCUGGUCGCCGGCACCCUCCGCGGCCCGCCAUGGGCCCGCGCCGGAGACGCAAACCCGAGGCCCCGACGAGACGCACCGCCAGCCCGAGCCCCGGCCCCUCGCGGCGGCGCCCUUCCCUAGGCACUUCCUCCCGUCAACAUGGUCAGAGGAGACCUUUGUGGUUAAAGGAGAUCCGAAAACUUCAGAAGAGCACAAACCUCUUGUUAAGGAAAACCCCCUUCAGCCGCCUGACAAGAGAAAUAUGUAGUAAAUUCACUCGUGGUGUGGACUUCAAUUGGCAAGCCCAGGCUCUGUUGGCCCUACAAGAGGCAGCAGAAGCAUUUCUAGUUCAUCUCUUUGAAGAUGCUUAUCUUCUCACCUUACAUGCUGGCCGAGUUACUCUUUUCCCAAAGGAUGUACAACUGGCAAGAAGGAUCCGAGGCAUUCAGGAAGGGCUUGGCUGAGCUACAGCCAGCGUUUCUGGGUGAUGCAAGGGAUUCUCUCUGGAGCCACAACUAGAUCCAAUGGAGUCUGAGAUGCUGCCUGGGCUUGGCUAUCUUUUUAAAUUCUUUUUUUUUUUUUUUUUUUUUAAAAGAAGGAGAAGACUACGUGACUUUCCUCUGUAACAGAGGUAAUAUAUAAGAUGAUCAAUACAGUUCCAGAGGACUGGAAAUUAUUUUCAGAUAAAGAGACUCCAAGGUUGACUUACAACAUGUUACUAUUUAAGGAUUUUGAUGAUAUCAGAUUUGCUAUGUUAUGGGAGAAAAGAAAAUUUACUUGUUGUUUUAGAUCCUUCUGUGCAAUUUACAUCUUUUACCAUUUGUACUUUUAUUAUGAACAUAAAGGAAAAAAUAAGAGAAGACCACUUUGAUCAGUUGUGUAGAAGGGCCCAGCAGGUAUAGAUAUAUACAUCUCUGCCCUGCAGGUCAGCCUCAUCAUUAGUGGCAGCAUCAAGUUCCUUGAUGAGCUGUGCUUAUCAAGAAAUGUGUAGCUUUCAAAAGCUUAAAUUUGGGUUAAAUAGAAUAUCUUUAAGGUUUGAUGUUCUCAUUUCUUCUAGUAAAUUUCUAUUAAAAUUAUUGAGAAAGUCUAAGUAUAUUCUAAAUGUAAAAUCAAACAUUCUCAUUUGUAAGUCAUAGAUUACCAGUCUAGGGUUUUAAGGAGAUUUUUCGAUGUUUUUACAGGUAUUUUAUAGCCUCUUUUAGAAUAAAAAUAAAAAUUUUUUAAUGAAAAAAUUUUAAACUAAGUUUCUGCAAUAGCAAAGAUUAUACUGUAUUUUCUAUAUGCUAACAUUAAGUUCUUCCUUUGUACACUGUUUUCAAAUACCCAUAAUUUAAACAAGAGAAUUGAGAGAUAUGGUUUUGCCUCUGAUGGAAUAGUGUAAGAGCAAACAAAAACCUUGCCCUUGUGAUGUAAGCAAUUUAAGAGAUUUCCAGAGAAAUGGGACGUACCACCCAAAGAUUUGAGAUCUAUGUGUGGUAAAAGUCAUUACUGAGGGCAGACUACUAAUAAUGAUUUGACAAUCAGCUGAGUUCAAAUACAAAUUGGAGGGAACAACCAAGUUCUAUUUAAUAAAUUUUAAGCCUUUGGAAAACCUCUUCUUGUUUGACAUCAACUUAUAUUUAUGCAGGCAUUCAAAUAAAGCUUGUCUAUGCAC